AUGAACUCUGGGAACGAUUCCUGGCACUCCUCGGCCGGUGGGCCUCCGUCGCACCCUGGCAUGGAUCAGAUGAAUCAACAGCCACGACCUUUGGGGUCGUUCAGUCAAAAUCCCCCUCAGCAAGGCCCGGCGUCGCAACCCUCUGGGCCCGUUCUCCCUCCUCCAUCUGGCCCCUACCACCCCGGUGGUCAAGCCGGUCACUCCCUCCCCGGCCUAGCGGAAUUGAGCCAGAGCCACGGUGCUCCCCACCAACCUCCUGCGUACGGACAGCACCCGGCAGGCCCGACUCAUGGCGCCGGCCACUCCCUUCCCGGCAUUGGCCAGGCCAUGUCGCAUGCUUCACCACAGUCUCUGAACCGGGAGCGUGAGCGGGACUCUCGAGAGCGCGAGAUUCUCGAGCGCCAGCGCCAGGAAGAGAUGGCGCACCGCGAGCGCGAACAGAUGGAACGCCAACAGAUGGAACGCCAACAGAUGGAACGUCAGCGCGAGCAUCAUCCGGUUCAGAGCCACACCGGCUCGAUUCCCCUCCACCAGCCCGUCGCGUCAAAAGUUCCCAAUUCUAUCCAUGGUCCGAACGGUCUCCUGUCGAAUCUCGGCACCAAUCCACCUAAUGGCCCGCAGGCUAACGUUCAAGCUUCCGGUGGACCAGCAGCUCUUUUCGGAGGACCUCAGAUGCCCCACGGCGAGGGUACCCCGAGGUCGUACAUGCAACACCCGGCAGGUCCUCCCAUGAUGGGAUAUAAUGGACAGGGGCAGCAGAUCCCCGGGAAUGUUGCGGCCCUGGCUCAGGGUCAGCAACCCAUUCUCAACGAUGCCCUCAGCUAUUUGGACCAGGUCAAGGUGCGAUUUGUAGACCAGCCCGAUGUUUAUAAUCGGUUCUUGGAUAUAAUGAAGGAUUUCAAGAGUCAAGCCAUUGAUACCCCGGGUGUAAUCCAGAGGGUUUCCACAUUGUUCAAUGGCCAUCCCGCCCUUAUCCAAGGCUUCAACACUUUCUUGCCUCCAGGCUACCGCAUCGAAUGCGGUACCGAAGACAACCCAGAUGCGAUUCGCGUGACCACCCCCUCGGGAACAAACACCCUGAGUAUGCCCCGAGCGGGCCGUUCGCUUGAUGCCGCUAACGAUUUGGGUCCCUCUGGGGGCCUGGGUGCUCACCCUCGCUCUGACUAUUAUGAACAGUCUCGCCCUGGUUGGCAGCAGACUCAGCAGCAACAGCAGCAGGGUCAUCAGCAAGGUGCACCUGGGUCGUAUUCCCCCGGCUCGCGUAUGAUCGGUCCUUCUGGCAUGUACCAACAGGAAGGGCAGGCCCCUCCUCAAGAUCACCACUUUGCGUAUCAAAGUCAAGAGGCUCAGGGUGCUUCGGCACUCUCCCAUCCGCAAGAUCACCGCGGUGUGGCCCAGUUGCAAGGAGCAGCAUCGGCAGCGUCUGGAUUAGGCAGACCGUCGAUGCUCCCAGUUUCUGGAGGUGGGUCGACUCAGUCGAUGAGUAGCCUAGCUGGGGUUGGAGGCAUCCUUCAGGGCGGCCAUGCGGAUCUGAACAAACGGGGGCCUGUUGAAUUCAACCACGCAAUCAGCUACGUGAACAAGAUAAAGAAUCGUUUCUCUUCUGCGCCUGAGAUCUACAAGCAGUUCCUUGAGAUUCUGCAGACUUACCAGCGCGAGUCGAAGCCUAUCCAAGACGUUUACGCUCAAGUCACUCAACUUUUCAACACUGCCCCUGACCUCUUGGAGGAUUUCAAGCAGUUCUUGCCUGAAUCUGCUGCCCACGCCAAGCAACAGGCUCAAGCACGUAUGGCCGAAGAGGCUGCCCCUACAUCAAACCUUCGGGGUGAGCCCGUGGGUUUGCCGUCUUCCACUCCCAGUCGUGACGUGAAAAUGCCACCCCUCGGCCAGUUCAACGUCAAGGACUCCGGAAAGGAGAACAAGAAGCGACGAGGUGGUCCCGGUGUUGGCCUCUCGUCUGUUUCUGGUCCUUCUGGCGUUGAUGUGGCUCGCAUGCCCGAUGCCCGUGGAGGUCCUCCUGCAGGCCCUUUCACUAAUGGGAACAAGAGACCCAAGCACUACCAUGGAAAGCCUUCUGGAGCUGACAUUCCCAACGUGUCACCAACUCUGAUCCCGGCUCUUCCUGAACCGGUUCCACCAAAUGCCAUGACCACGCCCAGUCAGGAGGAGAUUGCCUUCUUUGACCGUGUCAAGAAGUUCAUUGCCAACAAGCAGAUCUUCAGUGACUUCUUGAAGCUGUGCAACUUGUACACGAACGACUUGAUCGAUCGUUUUAUUCUUGUCAAGCGGGCAGAGGGAUUUAUUGGCUCUAAUGCCGAGCUCAUGAGCUGGUUCAAGCGGUUCAUGAAUGUGGAAGAGCCCGAAGACAAGACCAUCGAUCCCAAGCCCCAGACGGAGGCUGGUGUGGUGAACCUCGCCCAUUGUCGGUCUCUGGGACCCAGCUAUCGUCUUCUGCCUAAGCGCGAGCGCCAGAAGCCCUGUAGUGGUCGUGAUCAGCUCUGCCAUGAUGUCUUGAACGACGAGUGGGCUUCACAUCCUACCUGGGCCUCUGAAGAUUCUGGUUUCGUUGCCCACAGAAAGAACCAGUUUGAAGAUGCUCUCCACCGUAUUGAGGAGGAUCGUCAUGACUAUGAUCAUCAUAUUGAGGCUUGCACACGCACCAUCCAGCUCAUCGAGCCGAUUUGCCAGCAGUUCUUGCACAUGUCGGAAGCCGAGCGGGCCAACUUCAAGUUGCCUCCCGGUCUGGGUGGUCAGAGUGAGGCUAUUUACCAGCGCGUGAUCAAGAAGGUCUAUGACCGCCAGCGUGGUGAGAAGAUUAUUCGCGACAUGUUUGAUCGUCCUUGCCAAGUUUUGCCUAUCGUUCUCUACCGCCUCAAGCAGAAGCUCGAGGAGUGGAAGGCGUGCCAGCGUGAAUGGGACAAGGUUUGGCGCGAGCAGAUGCAGCGUGCCUACUGGCGCAGUCUGGACCACCAGGCGAUUGCCACCCGCUCGACUGAUAAGAAGCUGUUCAUCGCGAAGAACAUCCAGUCUGAUAUGCAGGCCAAGCUUGAGGAGACCCAGACCAUGCGCAAGGGCGGUCUGAAGCCUCCAAAGCACCAGAUGGAGAUGAAGUUUAAGGAUCUGGACGUCCUGUUGGAUACUACUCAUCUCCUUUGCUUGUAUCUUGAUCGGAGUACCUCUGGUUUUGGUGCAGACCCGUCUCGUCUGAUCAGCUUUGUCAAGGACUUUAUUCCUGUCUUCUUUGGACUGGAUCGUGAAUCCUUCCAUGAGUAUAUGGAUGAGCUGAUGCUCAACGCGACCCCGGCUGAGGAGUUGGAGGAUCAGUUCGGUGCUGAUGAUACUUCGAUGGCUAGCCGGAAGGCUGUCAACACGCAGAAGCUGGAUCUCUUGCGUGAGACUCUUGAGCGCAAGCUGGAGAAGGGCAAUGGCCCGGUUCAGGAAGACGGAGCUGCUUCUAGUGCUGCCGCUGCUGCGCCUGCCACCACCCAGCUCGCCACUCCAGACGUCCGGGCCACUUCAAUGGCUGUCUCCGAGCCGGAAGAUAACUUUGAUGUCGCUGAGCUCAAGUGGAUGGAGCACCCUGGUCAAGGCAACUUCAACCUUGAACGCGAGUACACUCUGAACGAGAAGUACAAGAAGACCGAGCACCAGAUGUACGGCAAUUUGAAUCUCUUGUGCCUUCUGCGUACCUUUGAGAUUCUGUACUCUCGGCUGCUCCGUAUCAAGGAGCAGGAAGGAGAGGCUCACGAGCAGGUCCGCCGUGGCCUUCUUCCCAAGCCCGCUCACGAGUUGUGCCUGAUUGACCGCUUCCCCGCCGACUUCUUCUACGAUGUCGACCCCAAGGCCAACCUGUACAAGCAGAUCGUGCGCAUGUGCGAGGAGGUCAUUCGUGGAGAUAUUGACCAGCUCCACAUGGAAGAGACUCUCCGUCGAUUCUACAUGCAAGGCGGCUACCUGUUGUACAACUUGGAGCGCAUCUUCUCGUCGAUCGGCAAAUUUGUGGCAUCUAUUUUCACUGGUGAUGCCAAAGAUCGCAGCUCGGAUAUUGCGAACCUGUUCUUCAAGGAACGUGAGAAGAAUGAGACUACCCACCACCAAGAGAUGCAAUACCGCAAGCAGGUGGAGAGGAUGAUCAAGGAGGGCGAUAUGUACCGCAUUACCUACUUCCCAUCCGACCGCCAUGUUACCGUCCAGGUUAUGACCACCGAAGACGCCACGCUUGACAGCGACGAACUCAGCUCCGAGGCCCGCUGGUCCUACUACGUGACCGCUUACUCCAUGCGCGAUCCCACCGAAGGCGUUUCCUACUCCGACAUGCGCAUGCCCUUCCUCAAGCGCAACCUGCCCAACAAGCUUGACGAGGACGAGGAGUACGACCGAUUCUACCGCCGCCUGCAACACCACGACGGCCUGAUCAUUCGCAUCUGCGCCAACAACUAUACCAUCCUCUACCAACCGCCCAGCCACGAUUGGUUCUGGCGCUCGACCGCGCCCGUCCACGACAAGGACGCCGACGCGGAGACUAUCAAGGCCAAGGAAGAGCAACAGACCAAGGAGAAGGCCGCCUCCCGCGAAAAGCGCCAUGAUCGCUUCCUCGAGAAGUUCGUUAAUAACCCCAACUGGGCUCGCGGUCUUAGUAAGGAUAAGGUCGACGAGUCGAAUCAGCGCUUCCGCUCUUGGUUGAAUGGGACUCUUGAAAAGGAGGACUCUGCACCCGCCGAGGCUGCGGAGCCUGCUACUGCCGGUGCUGCCGAUGACGUCCAAGGGGACGCUCAGCAGGCCGAUGAGCAGGCUGAUACCGAUAUGGCAGACGCUGAGCCUGCCGCUGCCGAGGCGUAA